AGGAAUGAGCCAGACGGGCGCGGAAAGCCUCCCCCCAGAGCCCCGGGUUUGAUUCGCUGCUUGAAGGGCCAGAAUGACUCAGCAAUGAGAAUGAGGCUCUGCGGAGAUCACCACCUUUUUCUCCUCUUGCCUUCCUUCCUCUUUCCUUUACGGCGCCCAGCGAUGGAGGGACUGGACAAUAGGAUCUUCCUUGCGCAGACACUUCCCAGGCCCAGCUUGUGCAAAAGAGGCAGCUAAGAGGCACACCGCAGGCAUCAUGGUCCGCCUGUUGGCCUCCGAAGUACAGCAACUGCUCCACAACAAGUUUGUGGUCGUCCUCGGGGACUCUGUGCAUAGGGCGGUGUACAAGGAUCUGGUGCUCCUGCUGCAGAAGGACUGCCUGCUCACUAACAAGCAGCUCAGAACCAAGGGGGAGCUGAGCUUCGAAAAGGACCAGCUGAUGAUGGGAGGCGAGCUGGAUACCCUGCACAACCGCACGGACUACCGCGAGGUACGCGAGUUCUGCUCCGACCAUCACCUGGUGCGCUUCUAUUUCCUCACGCGGGUCUACUCUGAAUACAUGGAGAGCGUCCUGAAGGAGCUGCAGUCCGGCAAUCACGCCCCAGAUGUGAUCAUUAUGAACUCCUGCCUCUGGGAUGUCUCCAGGUACGGGCGGAAUUCCUUGAGUAGCUACAGGCAGAACCUGGAGAACUUGUUUGGGCGCAUGGACGAGGUGCUGCCCAAGUCGUGCCUGCUAGUGUGGAACACAGCGAUGCCUUUGGGUGACAAGAUCAAGGCGGCCUUCCUCCCACAGAAGUGUAAGGGCCAGUACCCCCGGAUCUCGGUAGCCACCCUGAAAAAGAAAGUGACCCAAGCCAACUUCUACAGCCAUGCGGAAGCAACAAAGCACUAUUUCGACGUGCUGGACUUAAAUUUCCACUUCCGUCAAGCCAGAAAGCACCUGCAGGGAGAUGGCGUGCACUGGAAUGAGCAUGCUCACCGCAAGCUCUCCUACUUGCUGCUGGCCCACAUGGCCGAUGCAUGGGGUGUGGAAUUGCCCCACCGAGACCCCUGGGAGCCUGGUUUUGAGGCAUGGGAAAGUUCGGGCCAGGUAGAAGAAAGGCAGCCCCAAGACAACAUAGGUCCUCAGGUGUUUGCCCAGACUCCACCUUAUCCUUUUCCCAGGCCACCUCCCCUGCUCCCGUCCCCUGGCUUGCCUAUAAGGCCCCCACCCCUACUAGGAUGUCCCCUGCCCCCACCCCAGCCGAUGCCCCCAUUACCGCUCUAUCCACAAGUUUCCUAUUUUUCCUCAGACCCUGUUUUCCAGUCGGAUGAAUUCUAUAUCCAUUCAGAUAGCCCCUCACCUAACCACACUGGAUAUGCCUUUGAGGGCGACUUUAGCUUUUAUCCCCAGCCACCCAUGCCCAACUUCCGCCCACCCUGUCAUCAGCGCCAGGCCCCUGUAGUGCAUAGGGGCUUCCCAAGGCAUUUUCCUCGCGGCCCCUAUAUGCCUUGGAGAGAGAGGCCCAGGAGACCACAAAAACACGCCCCGGCCUGCCUAGAGUCAAGGCCCCAGUAGUCUUCUGACCAAGCCUUACUUCUGGAUGGGGCCAUGUGACGUCUGUCUUUUCGUCUCAUUGUUGAUCUGACACAGUGACCUUGCUAACCUAAACCCAGCCAGUCCUGUCUUGGACUUCUCUUUGUGUAUUGCUGUUAGAAACAGAGGUAGGGAAGAGCAGACUGGCCCACUCCUCCUGCCUGAGGCCAUCUCCUCCCCCUGAGUGACCAAGCAAGCAUUCUUACUACCUCCCCCUCGCUAUUCUUGUUGCCUUUUUGUAAAAAUAAAAUUGAAAUACAGAAAUUGUUUCCAAAA